AUGGCUCUCUACAUGGAGCUGUUGCGGGCGGUGCGCUACGCUAACCUGCGUCCUGAGAUCUCAGUGCGGCACUUCCGCCUCACCUGCUCCCAGCUCAGCGGCCGAUACACCUCAAACACACUCCUGCUGGAGGUCAACAUCCUGCACAGCUCACGGGCUGCUGAACAUGUCAAUCACAUGAAGGCCCCGCCCACAUUUACAAAGGAGGUCCAUCACCCCCUCAUGCUGCAAGCUGCCGAAAGUCCAGAUGUUUCGAGCGUGGCGGGGAGCGUCCUGCUGGUGUGUGUGUGUGUUCUGGUGCUGGUUGUGAUGGGUGGAGCCUACUGGAUCCAUGCGACACUGCAAGAGGCGAACACACACUCCGACACACACACACAUGCAGGAGAUCUCUGGCACAACCCUGCUGUCACCAUCACAGUCAACCCUAUGGAGAGUUUUGAGGAAGCCCUGGCAGCAGUAGGCCAACUGAGUGAAGAUGAGGAGGAAGAGGAAGAGGAUGACAUCACCAGCGCUGACUCUGACAGCCAGGAAGAGGAGGAAGAUGAGGAGGAGCUACCCAGCAUGCACCAGGAGAGCAGGAGGAGGGCCCAACAGGACUGGGACAAUAUGGCACCUUUCUGA